AGAGGUUUUACUAAGGUGUCGACUAAUGAAUACACCUGUGGAGACAGGUAAUAGUGGAGAAACAGGAAAUGAAACCUUUCACACAUAAACAAACUGGUUUUGCCAAAAAUCUGCUUAUGGAUUUUACAACUGAAACAUGAGAGAAGAGAGAAAAGUCUGUCGCUAUCCUGACUGAUGUGAUGAACCUACACCUGCUUCCCGUAGUUCUGUCAUUGGCAGUCUUCCUCUCCGUCGCUCUCUCCCAGGACCUGGUCUCAAUCCAGUUUAAAUCAGAUCCAGUCCUGGUGCAGACUGGCACUGAUGCGGUCUUCACGGUGGUCACAGUGUUCCAGGUGUUUUCCAUCACAUGGGGGUACCCAGGUGGAGUGACCCCCCUGGGGCUGUGGGUGGGGGGCAGUGCGGUGCUCAACACUGUGACCCAGUACCAGGGCAGGGUCACCAUCACAGCCACCCAGCUCCGUAUCGGCAGUGCCCAGCUCAGAGACGCUGGGAACUACACAGUGAUGGUGGACCCCUUGCCCACCACGGGCCUGGCCCAAAACACCAGGUCCAUACAGCUCAGGGUGUUCGAUGCAGUGGAUGGCGUGACUAUGUUUGUGCCGUCAGUGGCUCUGGAGGGGGGCAAUGUGUCUGUGCGCUGUACCUGGACCAAGGGGACAGAGACCAGUGUGCUGUGGGGUAAAGGGGGCUCUGCUCUCACCUCAAACUCCAGGGUCACUAUCAAAGGGGGCGACUUGGUGAUCAACCCGGCCAGGAGGGAAGAUGCCGGGCUCUACUCCUGCACCGUCUCUAACCUCGUCAGCGCUCAGACCGCCUCAAAGACCCUCACAGUUUACUAUGGUCCCGACACCCCCGUGCUGAGCAAGGCUUCCCCGGCAGACUGUGUGGUAGGAGCGGAUGCAGUGGUAGGCCAGACGAUCCGACUCACCUGCGUGUCUGACUCACUGCCCCCGCCACUUUCUCCUGGAAAUACAACAAUGAACCCGUGGCGUCUGGCCAACUGGACAGUGGCGUGUUCAGCCUCCAGACCUUCUCCACCAACCAGAGCGGCCAAUACAAGUGCGUGGCUAGCAAUGCCAUCACGGGCGCCACGUCGGAGCAGGGGACGGGCCUGGCCAUCGUGGGCACAUGCCUCAGUGCAGGGGCAGUCGCAGGCAUAGUGAUUGGCUGUGUGGUCGCUCUGAUCUUAAUCGUCAUAGCCAUCGUACUCCUGGUGCGCUGGAAGAGAGUUGACCGAAGACUGAAGGAGGCCACAGGACAAAAGAGACACCCAGAACUCAUGCUUACACCCACUGAACCCCCUCCACAUGGUACCCGGACUUUAGGCAGAGGCCGUCACUCAGACCCACCGCUCCACACAAACCCUCACAACUUCUACACUGUCCCACCCGAUGGCCACGAUAACACACACACACCGCCACGCAACACUAACACACUCCAACACAAUGGCCACGCCAACAGAAAUAGGUUCCCACACAAUGCGCAACAUCCGAAUGCCAAUUCAUUUCCACAGAAUGGCACCCCUCAGGACCACGACACUUUCACACACACUGCUGCAUCUCAAAAUGCCAACACACUCGACACCUUCCCACAGAUGACUCAAAACCACCCGAACAAUCCAAACAUACUCAUACAAGCGGGUUCUACUCAGGUCGGUGUUAACCUUAACACACUGUCACACAACCAUCAAAAUAGCAACGCACAGGUGGCCACGGUUCACGUCAAUCUCAAUUCCUAUCCAACUAAUGGUCAACAACCCAACCAACAGUCACAGCAACAAUUUACAAGCCCACAGGACAGUACAAUGCAGAGGAGCACCACCAAUGUAGCCAACAGUGCUAGUGCUCUUCAAGUUCAAAAUAUCAACCCACAAACGUUCACACAGACUGGACAGUCAUACUCCAAUCCCAGGAUGCAAAUUGGCUUGUCAUAUCCUGGUGAUCCUUCACAGGUUGACCACAGUAACUUAGACACUGGUCCUCAAGUCUCUACUGGUCCUAUUCCUACUGGUUACACACACAGGGGUAGAAGUCACACUCUCCAACGAAACGCCAACACGCAGACCUACCAGAUGGACCAGGCUACUGAUACCCAGCCUAGACACUCCAACCCAGCAGCGGCCAGUUCUGUGCCACGUGAUGCCAGCCAUACCACACCAAGUGCCAGCUCACACCGCCAACAAAUGCCUUGGGACCGUCUGAGGGGCACCCCGGCAUACCCCAACGAGCCCCCCAGAAGGGUACAGGCUUCCCCAACAGCAGCUACACCUCUGAUGGCACCUCUGAUGUCCCCCGUCCCAGGCUAGACGAUCCAGACCACACACCAGGAAGACUGGGCCAGGAGCACAUACCCAGAGUCCCCCACAGAGCCGAUCUACACCCAGGAAGGCUGCACCAACGGCGGGCAGACAGACCCAGAACCUCCCCCACACUCAUGGGACGAACACUGAGCCUGGGGCUCCAAGCCACACACAGUCGCAUAUCAGUCCCCAUCACACGGUACACCAAGGCAGAGAGCCCGGCAGGAUGUCAGAGCUCAAUCCCAGAUCACAGCUCAGACUGCUUCUCAAAGCCAGACUGGCCCCAGGCAACAAAAUGCCUCCCGCAGCUACCACAACCCCCAGACACAACAACAGGGACCAGGCGCCCCACAGGGACUAAUAACCACCAUGCCCCAAGGCACCACACUCGACAUUCGAGCUCUCGCAAAUCCAAAUCACAUCCCACAGACACAAACCGGGAUUCAGUAUGGUAGGGGAAACACACACAUGAUACCGCAGCCCACACAAGACCAGAGACAGACAACAACACAAGGUUGGGGUGCACUAACACAGCCUGUUACACAGAACCCCAGUAGCCUCACUCAGACGGCCCUGGAGAUGCACACACUGGCGACCCCGAACCCUUUUCACAACCGUAACCACCAGACACAGGCCGCCCUGCUCAACACCCAAGCUCGAGGCCCUAACCCUGGGCACCAGCGGCCCCCCACGCCCCCUCCCGUGAUCCCUCUGGCUCAGUUCCAGACUAUUCCCAGAGAACGCACCCAGCACCAGUCCCCAAACCGGGGCCCCACUGGCCCUCUCAGGCCCCCGGUCAACGUACACAACGCACAGAGACACCCCAAUGCCCACCCGCCCCGCAGACACCCCGGUGCUAGCAUGCCGGCCAACCUGCACUCGGGAAAUGCCCACCACGUGCACGCUGAAAACACACACAGGCACAGUCAACAUACUCAUCAUGCCCACAGGAACACUGCCCACCCACACCAGACCCACCAAGGGAGGCCAAGACACUGAGAGAUGCCAACGGACACACACACCAGCAACUGACAAAAGGAGAAACACAAGCAUGGAUUACUAUGGGAGCCCCACUCUAAAGCAAUGGAGACCAAGCAAAAACACAUAUGCGCGUGCGCGCACACACACACACACACACACACACACACACACACACACACACACACACACACACACACACACACACACACACACACACACACACACACACUUCCUGCAGUCGACUCCCCUUGCCUGUCAAGUGUAUGUUAUCUGUUGAUUUUCAACAGUACCGACAAUGACUCACUGGAAAACACACACAGAUGUGUUAUUUCUGAAGCACCAUAUAACCAAAUAGUAGUAAUGAGAAAAAGGCCUGUUUGAGGGCGAAACACUCCAGGCCGUGUGUACAUGGCCUCUCCCAUUCAGCGUGUUCAGAGCGAGAAUGAGGCACGACCACAACAAUGAGGACUUGAAAUGUUUCCAUUCGUGUCUGUGUGUGUGUUGCUCCUUGUGACUAGAAUAAGCAGUAAAAAGGACAGGAAAAGAGACCCCUUGCUGGACGGAUUCCAAUUGAAUGGACUUGGCCCCUGGGAACUACUGUGUGGAAAUUCAGAAGGAAAUAAAAACCCCUCUGCGACUUGCUUUAUUUAAUAUUUCCAUGGAUGUAUUUAUGUGGUGACUUUCUGUUUACAGAUUCUUCUCUUGACACCGCUCAAUUAACGGGAUUCGCCUCGGCGCCUGGCUUCAGAAGCAAUGCUCAACUAACUAUGAAGGAGACCCCACAAAUGGAUGGGCCGCUUAUUAAUUAAGUGCUUUUAUGCGACUUAAAUGACUCGGAAAAUAAUAACGCCCAUGCGUGGAGGAGGUCAGCACAAAGAGGCUGCUGAGCUGCCACGUUUUCCCCGACUAAGCAAAGCAAAACAAUUUGCUCUGGGACUACGAUGCUCUUUUGUGUGGGGGAUUAGCACAUUAAAAGGGAUCUCUAUUGGAAAGAAUCUUAGUUUUCUUUCGAACAAAAUGUAUAUUUAAUGUUUUUAUUUUUCUGUUACGUGCUAAAUAUGUUGGACUGCUAUUGCAACAUGUGUCUUUGUGACUCAGGGAGGCUGUUUUAUACUAAAAUAUAUGUUCCAUUAAAAUACAGAAAAGAGGAUAAAUGUUUUUUAAAGAUUAGUCUCCAUUGAACAUACUUUUUUUCAGGACUAGGCCGCCCCCAUAUGUUUUGUUGAUGAUAAUAAAGUAUUUUGAUUUACA